GCCCCGGUUCACAGAAUGACGUCGUCUCAUCGGCCAAUCCGCUUAAUUCUUUAUGCCUUAUAACAAACCCAGUCGGGUUGCUAUAUAAACGCAUUGACAACAAGCUUCCAGCUCAGAUCUGUGGGAGAAUCGCGUGCCCUGAAAUUAACCACAACGUCGUUAUCCGCUAUGAAGGCAGUCAGUCCGGUGAGGUCCAUAAGGAAACCCGCCUUGUAUUUUUCGGAGCAUAAUCUCGGCAUUUUACGGAGCAAGAGCUCUUCGGACGACCCGCUCAGUCUCCUGUACAACAUGAAUGACUGCUACAGCAGGUUGAAGGAGCUCGUGCCGAGUUUACCGCAGAACAAGAGCGUGAGUAAGAUGGAGAUCUUGCAGCAUGUCAUAGACUACAUUCUGGAUCUUCAGAUCGCACUGGACCAGAACCCGCAACAGCAGAUCCUCGGACAGAGCCCUCCAAAGAAGUCUGUCAGAUCCCUCGGAGCUGAUAUCAGCAUCAUCUCCUUCCAGGUAAGCCCAGUAACCCUCAAAGAGAGAUCAACUCAGAUGACCUCAUAGCCCUGUCUCGUUGAAUUGGUGUUUCGGUCGUGGAGCAAAAACAGGGGCUUUUUGUGUUUUUUUUUCUGUCCCGUGUCAUUCGCCUGGACUUCGUCUUGAAUGACAAAGGAUUUCCCUCAAACGGACAUAAAAAGAGUUAGCUAUAUACGGACUUUCAAACUCUUUCUUCCAAAGGAAGAUUCAAAAAGACUGGAGAGAUUUUAAAGGAAAACAGUAAUUAAGCAAGCAAUCUCACAAAGCAGGAUUUUUUCCUUUUUUCCCCUCUUGCUUUUAUGUUGUUAAGAUGUUGCGCAAAACGAGCGCGCGCAUUUUAACAGCUAUAAUCCAGUUCGUCAAAGGCUGCGGACUCUGUAAAAAUGUACUUUUGUUUUCUCUUUCUGCUGAAAAUGUGAUGUUUAUAAUAUUACAGAAAAUUUUAUAAUUAUAACGUAAAUGGCACUUUUAUACUGUACAUAAUUAAAUGCUAAGAAUGAAGUCAGUGUCCUUGUCUGAGCUAUAGUUACGAAUGCAUUGUUUUGUUGUAUUUUUCAUUUUUGCAAAUGCAUAAGGCUUAUUAACUUAUUAUUGUUCAGGCUGUGAAACUACUACUUGUAUUGUAAAGGCUGUAAGGUUCAGAUUA